GACUGGCAGGGCACUGCCUGCUCGGGGCUGGCCGACGAUGGAGGCAGCUCCCGUUCUCCUGGCGGCCGCGGGCGGCUGCAGCCCCGAGCCCGAAUUGGAGGCCCCCGGGGACCCCCGGCACUGAGAGCGAGCGGCCGGAGCCGGGCUGCAGCCCUGCGAGCUCGGGUGCAUGCUGCUGCUGCAGGGGGGGGCAGGCCGGCAGGCCCCGCAGCCAGCAGGUGCUGUCUGUAUGGAGAAGAGCGGCUGCAGCCCAUUCCCGAUGUGCUGGGCUAAAGAAUAUGACAGAUACCUAGCAUCUAGCAAAACCAUGGCAGCAGCUUACCUUGAUCCAAACUUGAAUCAUACACCAAGUUCAAGUGCAAAGACGCACCUCGGUACUGGGAUGGAGCGUUCCCCGGGGGCCAUGGAGAGAGUCCUGAAGGUUUUUCACUACUUUGAAAACAGCAGUGAGCCAACGACGUGGGCCAGCAUUAUCCGGCAUGGAGAUGCUACUGAUGUUCGAGGCAUAAUACAGAAGAUUGUGGACAGUCACAAAGUGAAAAAUGUGGCCUGCUAUGGGUUGCGACUCAGUCAUCUGCAGUCUGAGGAGGUUCACUGGCUGCACCUGGACAUGGGGGUAUCCAAUGUGAGAGAGAAAUUUGAACUAGCACAUCCUCCAGAAGAAUGGAAAUAUGAGCUGAGAAUUCGAUACCUGCCCAAAGGGUUUCUAAACCAGUUCACUGAGGACAAACCAACUUUAAAUUUUUUCUAUCAGCAGGUAAAAAAUGACUAUAUGUUAGAAAUAGCAGAUCAAGUGGACCAGGAAAUUGCUUUGAAACUAGGUUGCCUUGAAAUCAGGAGAUCCUACGGAGAGAUGAGAGGCAAUGCAUUAGAAAAGAAAUCCAAUUAUGAAGUGCUGGAAAAAGAUGUCGGUUUAAGACGAUUUUUUCCGAAGAGUUUGCUGGAUUCAGUGAAGGCAAAAACACUACGAAAAUUAAUCCAACAAACAUUUCGACAGUUCGCCAACCUCAACAGAGAAGAAAGUAUCUUGAAAUUCUUUGAGAUCCUCUCUCCAGUCUACAGAUUUGACAAGGAAUGCUUCAAGUGUGCUCUUGGUUCAAGCUGGAUUAUUUCAGUGGAGCUGGCAAUUGGCCCAGAAGAAGGAAUCAGCUACCUUACAGACAAGGGUGCAAAUCCAACUCACCUGGCAGAUUUUAAUCAAGUACAAACUAUUCAGUAUUCAAACAGUGAAGACAAGGACAGAAAAGGGAUGUUGCAACUGAAGAUUGCUGGUGCACCUGAGCCUCUGACAGUGACAGCACCAUCCUUAACCAUUGCAGAGAAUAUGGCUGACUUGAUAGAUGGAUAUUGCAGACUGGUGAAUGGAGCCACGCAAUCUUUUAUUAUCAGGCCGCAGAAAGAAGGUGAAAGAGCUUUACCAUCAAUACCAAAGCUGGCCAACAAUGAGAAGCAAGGAGUAAGGUCGCACACAGUCUCUGUAUCAGGAGUCAAUCACUGUCAGCAUAAAGUAAAGAAAGCUAGACGCUUUCUCCCUUUCGUCUUCUGUUCCCAUGAGCCGCCACCUAAGGAUGAAAUUAGUGGGGACGAAACAGAUGACUAUGCAGAGAUUAUAGAUGAAGAAGAUACUUAUACAAUGCCAUCAAAAAGCUAUGGAAUAGAUGAAGCCAGAGAUUAUGAAAUUCAAAGGGAGAGAAUUGAACUGGGGCGCUGCAUUGGUGAAGGACAAUUUGGAGAUGUGCACCAAGGAAUUUACAUCAGUCCGGAAAAUCCAGCCAUGGCUGUAGCAAUCAAAACGUGUAAAAACUGCACCUCAGACAGCGUUAGAGAGAAGUUCCUACAAGAAGCCUUAACGAUGCGUCAGUUUGAUCAUCCUCACAUUGUGAAGCUCAUUGGAGUUAUUACAGAAAACCCAGUAUGGAUAAUCAUGGAGCUCUGUACACUUGGAGAGCUGAGGUCGUUUUUGCAAGUAAGAAAAUUCAGCUUGGACCUGGCCUCCCUGAUCCUCUACGCUUACCAGCUUAGCACAGCGCUUGCUUACUUGGAGAGCAAAAGAUUUGUACAUAGAGAUAUUGCUGCUAGAAACGUGCUGGUAUCUGCCACUGACUGUGUGAAAUUGGGUGACUUUGGCUUAUCCCGAUACAUGGAAGACAGUACUUAUUAUAAAGCUUCCAAAGGAAAGUUACCUAUCAAAUGGAUGGCUCCAGAGUCAAUCAACUUCCGACGGUUUACCUCAGCAAGUGAUGUGUGGAUGUUUGGUGUGUGUAUGUGGGAGAUCCUGAUGCAUGGGGUAAAGCCCUUCCAGGGAGUGAAAAAUAAUGACGUUAUUGGUCGGAUUGAGAAUGGUGAGCGGCUCCCCAUGCCUCCGAACUGCCCUCCCACCCUCUACAGCCUUAUGACCAAGUGCUGGGCAUACGACCCUAGCAGACGACCCAGGUUUACUGAACUUAAAGCACAACUCAGUACAAUACUGGAGGAGGAGAAGCUGCAGCAAGAAGAACGAAUGAGAAUGGAAUCCAGGCGACAAGUCACAGUGUCCUGGGACUCAGGAGGAUCAGAUGAAGCUCCUCCCAAGCCCAGCAGGCCUGGUUACCCCAGCCCAAGGUCCAGUGAAGGGUUUUAUCCAAGUCCUCAGCAUAUGGUACAGCCAAAUCACUACCAGGUAUCUGGCUAUUCUGGUUCUCAUGGGAUACCAGCCAUGGCAGGCAGCAUUUAUCCUGGGCAGGCUUCUCUGUUGGAUCAAACGGAUUCCUGGAACCAUCGACCUCAGGAAGUAUCAGUGUGGCAGCCAAACAUGGAGGAUUCAGGCACUUUGGACGUACGAGGAAUGGGGCAGGUUCUACCCACACAUCUCAUGGAGGAGAGAUUAAUACGACAACAACAAGAGAUGGAAGAAGAUCAACGCUGGCUUGAAAAAGAGGAACGAUUCCUGAAACCCGAUGUGCGGCUCUCCAGAGGCAGCAUCGAGCGGGAGGACGGAGGUCUCCAGGGCCCAGCUGGUAACCAGCACAUAUAUCAGCCUGUGGGUAAACCAGAUCACGCUGCUCCACCAAAGAAGCCCCCUCGCCCUGGAGCCCCCCACUUGGGCAGCCUCGCGAGCCUGAACAGCCCCGUGGACAGCUACAAUGAAGGCGUGAAGCCAUGGAGGAUCAAGCCGCAGGAAAUCAGCCCUCCUCCUACAGCCAACCUGGACCGCUCCAAUGACAAAGUGUAUGAGAAUGUAACCGGGCUGGUGAAAGCUGUCAUAGAGAUGUCCAGUAAAAUACAGCCAGCUCCGCCGGAGGAGUAUGUGCCCAUGGUAAAGGAGGUUGGCUUGGCGUUGAGAACCUUGCUAGCAACCGUGGAUGAGUCGCUGCCAGUGCUUCCUGCAAGCACCCACAGAGAGAUUGAGAUGGCUCAGAAACUGCUGAACUCUGACCUGGCUGAGCUCAUUAACAAGAUGAAGCUGGCCCAGCAGUACGUCAUGACCAGCCUGCAGCAGGAGUACAAGAAGCAAAUGCUGACGGCUGCUCACGCUUUGGCUGUGGAUGCCAAGAACUUGCUGGAUGUCAUUGAUCAAGCCAGACUGAAAAUGAUCAGCCAGUCCAGGCCACACUAAGCACCGAGGGAAGAGUUUCAUCUGUCUGUUGUAGAAUUCUGCUUGCGAAAGGAUUAGUUCACCUUCCACCAGCAGUGAGGAUUAACCCAGCCGUGGUCCUGGCUUUCCAGCGCCUCUUGCUUCAGCAGCCCUGACUGACAGCCGUUGGUUCUCUCUCAUUGCAAAAGGUUAACCACGUCUUCUUAUCACAAAGCCAAGCUGGCCUGGGAUUCAGAAAGCGCCAUUAUCACCAGGUGAAGUUGUAUAGAAGUCCUUGGGAAAUGGCGGUUCGUUCCAUGGCGUCGGCCGCGCUCAGCCCAGAGCUGCCGUGGAGUUUGGGAGCCAGAACUGUUGGAGCAGCGGAGUGAGAUAUUGUGAAGAAUUCUGGGAAACCUCAGGGCUGAGAAUUCUUGCCCACAGUAUAAAGAACUAUCCAGACUGGAAUCUUGUUUUUUUUUUUUAUUAGAACACUUACGUCGCAAUAUGCUAAUCACAAUUUACAGAGAAAGAAAAUAAAGAAGCUAUAUUUUCAAGACGUCGGGUCAUUUCGAGACAAACUAAAGCCCUCUUCAUCUUCCUGCCUUUUACUUUUAUGUGAAUGCGUGACGCCUUUGGUUGGAAAUAGCUGUAGGACACGACGGAAAAACUCUCUUCUUUUUCACCAGAAAUAACGUGCCAGUUCUUUUGUAGCGAUGUUGUUUUCCUUGGAAGCGAAAAUGCUGCUUUGUACCAGAGCAACUCAGAGCUGCACUUAAAGAGUCCUGUAACCAUUCAUGUCCCCCCACCCCCGUUUUUAUAUAAUUUAUAAAGACAGAUUAAAGCCAUGUUGAAUAUUUUAAGCCCCCUGUAGUGAACUAACCCAUCCUUUUGUCUGUCUUGCCUGGGAGGAGUUACAGUAGAGCAGUUGUAAUUAGAUUUUCCUUGGUUUUUCCAAUUACGCCAUCUGUUCUGUUAAAAUAAAAACCACACUCCCUUUUUGCUGUUGAGGGAUAUAAAUUAUUCUCAGGAAGAAUAUAAUGAACUGUACAGUUACUUUGACCUAUUAAAAAGGUGUUACCAGUGAA